UGAUCUCUGAACGGUAAUUAAUAGUUGUUCGUUACUGGCUCCUCAAAUGCUCUACUACGAACGUAUUUCGGGCUUUCGUAGGUGUGGGCAAAAUUGGCUAGAAAAAAAAAACAAUCGAUGUUUCAAUGGAAGAUUGAAGAUGUGUGGAUAAGUUAUCACAAUUUGACCUUAGGUUAAAAUUAUUCAAUUUUACCUUGAGAUAUUUUGUUCCGUCCAUUAAACAAUUUGUGACUUCAAAAACUAGUCCUCUAAUAUUGAGUAUAAAUUUAGCUCAACAAGAUGAAACAAACUGACGCUUAGAAACUUGCAUAAUAGUAGCUGGAAAAUAUCGAAUAAGGUUAUUGUUCCAUUUAUAUGAAACUUUUCGAAAUGCGCUUCGAAGUUUCCGAUAAUUGAGUACAGUGACUUGGUACACGCUCGAAAAUGCUAACUUUGACUCGCCUCAAAAUUUUGUGGAGCUGCGGAGUUCGAGGAACUCGCACAUUUUUCUCGUCAACAUUCAUCAAGUUACAGCAAACAAGAUGUUACUAUUAUAGCUUCAAGUUCAUAUCUACAGUUUUGGCGAUGAUGUCCGUCAUCGCCUCGUCCGUUAUCCUCCUGCCGCCAGCCUUGAUUCUAUUCUCAGUGCUGUGGCUGAGGAGGUGGUUGGCUCGAUGGUUCGUAUCCCUAACGACGAAGGACGCGACGUUCCCUUCAACUCCCUCCCUGUGGGGGGCGCCACAGGGCUGCUGUACGAGCAUCGUGAUGCUCACAGGGCACCUCCAUGCUAGGGACCUUAUGCAACUUUUUCAGAAUACAGACUGCAAUGGGAGAGGCAUUAACAUUUUCCUAAAGCAUCCUAACCUGAAGAAACGAAUAGCAAUGAUGCACGGGGUUGGCGUCUGGCUGAAGUGUUCAAGUUUCGAUGUUGCUGAUCACAUCCAACAGGCGCCUUCACACUACCACCACAGUCUUGUCACGUCGAGAAAUAUUCAAGAGUACGUAAGCACUUUGCUCCAUCAAAGUAGCAUGAGCCCGAACCUUCCCCCCUGGCAAGUGUUCGUCAUCAACGGCACCGAGCCAGACUGCAGCAAAGUUACCUGGCUGUUGAUACGAGCUCAUCACCUCCUAACCGACGAAAUGCUCCUCGACAACACAAAAAUAAAGACACAUUUUGAGCCUUGGGGAUCAGAAGGAACCUUUCCCCUUCUAACGGCACCUUCUGCAAGCAAGCGCUUCUUUGGCCUCAUCCUGAAGAACGUCGUUCCUGUUUGUUUGAGAUUAUCAAAAUACAUUCAGCAUGCUUUAGGAAGAGUAAAGGAUGGCUUGUCAUGGCUGAUUUGCUACGUCCAAACGAAGUAUCACGUGCGGGAACCGAGACCUUGCCAAAUUGUGUCAGCCAAUGGCAUCAAUAUUAACACAGAUCCACUAUCUUCAUACAAAUCAAGCUCACUAAGGUCAUUGUCAAAUUUCUCGAAAAUUACACUUCUGUCUAUGCACAUUGUGAACAUAACUUGUACUAAUACUCUUUAUUACAUUUUCAAUGUAAUUACACACGUAUGCCGCAUCAUAGUGUCAGCAGUUGUCUGGUGUAAGCGCAUCCAAACUAACAGGACUACCGAAGAACAAAUGCUCCUAGAGGCGCUUGUGGAGAUAUACUGGAUUAUUAGAGCAAUUAUCAGUUUGCCGCGACUUCUGAUGGAGGAAUUAAUUGACACUUGGAGAGCUGAGCCUCUGCAGGUUUGGAAAGGCAGCCGCCGGCCACAUAAUCUGCGCGUCACGUGGGGAGACGGAAUAACAUCGAAGUUGGUGGAUGACAUCAGGUCGGCUACAGGGGCUUCUUCGAGCUCAGUUCUGUUAACCGCAGCGUCAAUGGCAGUUACAGAUGUUCUGAAAGCUGCUGGCGUUCCUAGACCAAAUGUUCUCAGGUGCACUGUUCCUGUUUCAGCCGGCUCUUAUUCCGACGAAACUCCAAAUCACUCUACCGAAUUUUCUGAAACUUCAUGUAAUAAGUAUUAUGAAGCUUCUAAUAUAUCUGCGAACUUGAAUGUAAAGUCAGUCACCUCGUGCAGUGCUACAUUGAACCCGUCAACAUCGUCGGUCAACUGUUUUCCUGAAUCAACUAACUCUGUAAACUCAACUGCAACUUCUGCAAACUUUCGCAAAGGGUCAUUUGAAAACCACAGAACUGCGACCACUCUUUUACCCCUCGACUUUCCGACCGGAGUUUCCAACUCCAUUGAGUGCCUGAAGAGUGUGAGGCAUUCAUUUCGCAACUUGAGACGAUAUCCUGAACGGUAUCUGGUGUCCACUUGGCUGCUCAGGUACGGCUACACAGUCUUGCCAAAAAACUUAUUGAUGCAGAUCGUGCGCGUGUUAACAGGCCGUUAUCCGCUUCUUUGCACCUACAUCACUGCACCCGAUGAGCCAAUCUCAUUUCUGGGGUCUUUGGUUACCGGCAUGUUCCACUUGAGGCAUCCUGUACACCAGGCAGUGCUGUCACUGUGCGUGACGCGUUACUGCGGUGCCGUGACGGUCGGCGCUCAGACGUCGGACUGGACGUGUCCAUAUGCCGACGUCCUGCCGAGGAGCUUCGAGUCCUGCAUCAGCGAGCUCGCCGUCAGCUCGGGCGUCAGGAUCCAGCCGAAGAGGCAGCUGUUCUCGACCCUGCCAUUCUUCGGCGGGUCCCCUGCCAUGUUGAGGAGCCUCAACAGGGGCUGCCUGACUCCCUCUUCCCCAAAAUCCCCAACUCACAGAAUCCCAAGCUUUCCUAAACCCCAAUCAGUUUUUUGGGAGCAAGCUGUUUGUAAUAUGAGCCCCAUAAACGAAGAGUAUCUGAUACAAAAUAUAAGUCAUGAAGGCCGUUCUCUUUAUUUAAGCUCAGAAGCAUCUUUUGGAAGCGAGUCUGUCAAUGAAGAUUUUAAUAGAGUGACUAUUCGGUCGUGCAAUACGAAGACUACAAAUGUUAACAAGAGAAAGAUGUUCAAUAAUCUAAAACGGCAACUUGACUACAGCAACCGUAUUGCAGAAAUACAAACGAAUGUGAGAAAACAUAGUUUAAUUUCAGAAGUUUUUCACAUGGAGAACUCUGCGCACAAUAUUUGUAAAAAUGAUACAGAAAAUAGCGACGUACGCAGGAAUGAUACGGAACUGCUCGUCUUUGAUGCGUCUUUAGCUCGUAGGAGCAUCGAAACGAAAAUUUUGGACAGCGUAACUUCGGGAUCGAAAGUUUUGGAGUUUUUGCAUUUAAAUGAGAAUAUCACGUACAGAAACUCGACUAUGCCUUCCAUAUAGAAAUUAUAAAAUUAUUAUAUAUCUAAAAUUCUUUGAAGACGAGUGAGUCGCUAGAAAUUUUAAAUAUCGUGAUAAAAAUAAAUGCUGUUAGCUCACAUACAAUUGAUUUUAAGAAAAAAAUGCUUUAUUAGAUUAUAUCAUGCAUAAUUUCUCCUUUAACAGGUAAUUUCUGGGGGCAUUUACUUUGCUUUAUUCUUUUGGUUUGCAAUGUUCGCUUCGUAACUCUGGCAGGUCUGACGAAGGUCAUUUUUGAUGCUGAGUUUGACACGAUUUGAAGAGAGAUUAUCUUAAUGAAUUAGCUUUUGAAUUACUACAAAAAUUUGGUAUCAUGAGUUCAGGUUGGCCAGAAUAAUUUGAAUUUUAUUCAUGUAAUCCCCUAGUUUCCGAAUAAAUUGUACGACAAAACGUAGAGUAAGGAAAUUAAUGUCAGUCCGUAAUUAAUCAAUAACGGCGAAAAUGGAAAUAGUGUGUUUUAGAAUAAUGGUUCUUUUUCUAUGGAAAUUUUUUCAACAAAUUACACCACCUAAUCAAGACACAAAAAAAUUCUACUUAAAUUAGUGACGGAACUGAGUAAUAUAGUCAUUAAUUAUGCUGCUGUUCCUACAUUAACUGGAUGGCAAUACCGGCGACAAUGAGGUAAUGUGGAACUGGCAAUGGAAGCAAACUUCCCACAUAGCGUUGAGAGUAAUUGAUAAUUUCUUGAAAAAAUCUGCGUCAUUAAUGGGCAGGAUGAUGAUAGGAUUUAGUAAGAUAGAGUAAGAUAGACUAAAAUGGAGUAUAGAGUAAGAUAGAGUGCGUGUCUUGGUAGCAGGGCGCUACAACGACUCAAUGGGGCACGGAUGAAUGACCCGCAAUUGCUCGAUAAUUAUUUUUGAAGCAUAUGGAACUUGUGAUUCGUGCCAGCAUUUUCAAUAUAAAGUUUACUUUCCGCGGGAAAUUGUCUCGCCACGUUUUACUUCACUGUAGUUGCAUUGAGAAAUUUCGGUCUUGAAGGGUCUAUUUUUUGUGAUAUUCAACAGUGCAGAUCCCUGAGAGUUGCUGGCUACAUGGAUACCUACACUGGUUAUGUCCCUUACCAUCACUAAUACAGCCUGGCCAGGUUAUAUUAGUUGCUGCAAGUUAUUUAUUAACACACUCAUGUUGCAUGUUCACCGCUGGCUGACAGCUUUAAGUAGGAGCAAGUAACAAACGAUGAUGCUGCAAGUUAUUUAUUAACACUUAUGUUGCAUGUUCACCGCUGGAUGACAGCUUUAAGUAGGAGCAAGUAACACGCAUGGAUGCUGCAAGUUAUUAAUUAACACUCAUGUUGCAUGUUCACCGCUGGCUGGCUGUAAGUACGAGCAAGUAACAAACGAUGAUGCGGCAAGUUAUUUAUUAGCACAUUAAUGUUAUAUGUUCACUGCUGGCCGGCAGCUUUCUGUCGCCCUUGCUUGUACUCGACGUAAUUCAGGUAGCCAUCGUUGUUUCUGUCGCCGUCGUAGAGUACGUCGUCGAUCAGCUCUGAAAUUUUCAAAUUAUCAGUUAAUUCAGAAUCGAUUUUGUGACCAUAUUAUAUAUAAUUAAUU